AAUUUUAAACUCAUUAAAGUUAGUGUUGGAAGGAAAAUGUCUGAAUACUUACCAGAUAAAUUAUUAAAUUCUUGUGUGAAUAUAUACAUUUUACACUUGUUUGUAUAUUUCAUUUAAAAAAGAAAAAUAAAUGCAUAGUUCUUUGGUCUUUCAAACAAAUAUGACAGGACUGGGGAAAUUGCUUGUGUUAGGAACAAACAUCAAAUAACCUUGAGGCACAAAGACACGGACAGCGACUCAUAUUUAGAAAACCAUCCACACAAGAACAUAAAUGAGUCAAGCUACAUCAUUAACCAAAUGAUGGGGCAUUAAUAAAAUGUUCUCCUAGAGGCAGUAAGUGUUUAGGUUUUAUUGCCCCCAGCAAGUGCCAGAACUACAGUGGAGUCCAUAAGCAGAUCAUAAUAUCCACCUAAUGAUCAUCAUUUUUCAACAAAGCAGAAAUGUAAUUUAAGAUUUAUCCUUGUUUUAAUAUCAUAGUUAAGUAAAAUGUUAGGAAAUGAAUGACCAUAAAGGACACUUAAUCUGUUUUUUAUGUCUCUUUAAUUUAAAUCGUUGUUUUGCAGAUAUGACCACCAUCAUUGACAAACUACUGAAUAAUUCAGUUUGCAUGUUUUGGAACACCGUCGUACAUGGGAACAUUUAUAAUCCUCUUUCUUUCUCCUUCAAUGACUGAUAUCUCGAAUGAUUCAAGCAUUGCUUUGGUCUUCCUUGAGAAUGCCACAUAUGCAGGAAUCGUAACCAUGGGUCACUGGUCUGACUACAGGAUGCACGAACUAUUGUGCCAAAGAGCUCUGGGCUGAUUUGCACAUCAUACAUACUCACCACGCAGACACACAUGGUGUCCUUUGGCUCCUUUGCUUUCACUCGGUUUUCUGUUCCCUUGUUGGAGUCUCUCUCUCUCUCUCUCUCUCUCUCUCAUCUUCUACAAAUGCCAGAAAAAUGCUUUUGCUUUCUCAUUUGUGGUGUGCACAGCAGUGGUACUGCUACCAAAAGAGAGGGUUAGAAAAAGGUUAUGCAUGACUGGGAGGCCUGGUGUGGGCCAGAGCGAGGAGUUGCAGCAUAGGAGAUUUGAUGGCCAGCUGCCAGAGGACCUGCAGGAAGCCACCCUUCCACAUGUCCUCCUCUGCACUCAGUAUGAAGGACAACUCCCUGAAAAUGAUCAACCCUGACUGUCUUGUCACAUCUGAAUGCCAAUAAACACAGGACAAUGGAAGGAGAGAACAGACUAAACUCCUCUGUAAAUAGUACAAUGGAUAUCCACUUGGUCACACACAGUCUCUGGGAGGUGAUCACAAUAGCGACUGUGUCAGCCAUAGUCAGCCUUAUCACAAUUGUCGGCAACGUCCUGGUAAUGCUCUCCUUUAAAGUCAACAGUCAGCUGAAGACAGUGAAUAAUUACUACUUGUUGAGUUUGGCAGCUGCAGACCUUAUCAUAGGGGUUUUCUCCAUGAAUCUAUAUACCUCUUAUAUACUGAUGGGCUACUGGGCUUUAGGGAAUCUCGCCUGUGACCUGUGGCUGGCACUGGAUUAUGUAGCCAGUAAUGCAUCAGUUAUGAACCUGUUGGUGAUUAGUUUUGACAGAUAUUUCUCUAUUACCAGACCUCUGACCUACAGAGCCAAACGGACUCCAAAACGAGCUGGCAUCAUGAUAGGUCUGGCCUGGCUGGUGUCUCUUAUACUCUGGGCACCACCUAUCCUCUGCUGGCAGUACUUUGUGGGAAAAAGAACCGUCCCUGAGAGGCAAUGCCAGAUUCAGUUUUUUUCUGAGCCUGUGAUAACAUUUGGAACAGCGAUUGCAGCCUUUUACAUCCCCGUGUCAGUCAUGACAAUCCUGUACUGUCGAAUCUACAAGGAAACAGAGAAGAGGACCAAAGAUCUGGCAGAGCUUCAGGGAAUUACCUACUCCACAGACCCAGGGGUAAGCCAGCCUCAGAAAACCAUUAUCAGGUCCUGCUUCAGCUGUAAACUAAGGUCGACUUCACAUGACAGGAAUCAAGCUUCUUGGUCAUCAUCCAGUAGAAGUAAUGCUGUUAAGUCAACAGCCACCACCAACGACGAGUGGUCCAAAGCAGGUCAGCUGACCAGUUUUAACAGUUAUGCCUCCUCAGAGGACGAGGACAGGCCUGUGUCUCCUGGAGGUUUCCAGCCUACCUUCAGAAAUCAGGCAUGUGAGACCAGCAAGAGUGCAGUGGGCAGUGAAAACGAGCAACUCAGCAGCUACGACGAGGACAGCUUCUUUCAAACACCACCCAAAAGUAAUUCCCAGAAAAGCGGUAAAUGUGUGUCCUAUAAGUUCAAACCUGUGUCCAAAAACACUGAGCACCAGAGCAAAAAUGGAGACACCAAAAUGACGUCGUCAACUUUCUCCUCCGCUGAGUCCAUGAGUGUUCCAUCCACCUCCUCAGCAACCAAACCCAUAGACGUCACACUGAAGAACCAGAUCACCAAGAGGAAGAGGAUGGUGCUGAUCAAGGAGAGGAAAGCCGCUCAGACUCUCAGUGCCAUCCUGUUAGCCUUCAUCCUGACAUGGACACCAUAUAAUAUCAUGGUGCUUAUUUCCACCUUCUGCUCAGACUGCAUUCCUCUCUCCUUGUGGCACCUCGGCUACUGGCUGUGCUAUGUCAACAGCACUGUCAACCCCAUGUGCUAUGCCCUUUGUAACAAGACUUUCCAAAAGACCUUCCGCAUGCUCUUACUUUGCCAGUGGAAGAAGAAAAGGAUUGAAGAGAAACUUUACUGGUAUGGACAAAACCCAGUGGUCAGCUCCAAACUAACAUGAAUUAUUUUUCUACGCUGGUGUAUGACAGUGGCCGUAAAUGUGUUUACUGGCUUUGUGAUCAUGAAUUCUACAUGUGAGGUGGUAUCAAAAGUAAAAAUUCUACACUGAGCAUCUGGUACAAUUACAUGUGUUGCUCAUUAAUCAGUCGGUCUGCUAUUAUGUGUUAUUUAAUGGAAGCUUUGAAAUGACCAUCACAUCAGUAAUUGUAUUGUAAAGGUUGUUAAAUAUUACUGUUAUCAAUAUUUUCUCCUAAAAUUCAUGCACAAAUACAGAGAUCAGCACACAGAUUACUCCAAAUUGUACCAUUUGUAUCCAGGGUGCACAUUUUGAUACCUGAAAAUGAUGGUGAAAUGAUUUUAAUCGCAGUAUUUUUGUUUAAGCAGUGUUAAAAAUGGCCAGUGUCCUCCUGCUACUAGAUGCUCUGACACAAAAAAAUGUCUUUAACAUGCAGAUGUUUUAUCAAUUGUGAGUACUGUGUUUGUUUUGAGGAGUAUAUCUUAAUGGCUAUUUUAUUUUAAAGGGCUAAUAAAUGUCGUCCUUAUGUCAGAAUCUUCUUGCAGAGUCAAGAUUGUAACUUGAAAUUAAAGCCUUUAAAUUUGUGCCAUGUUAUCAUUUAUGGAUCAACUAUAGAGCCAGUUUUAGUAUUGUUACACUUCUCUGCCAUUUCUGUCCAUUUCAGUGAAAAACUUUUAAAAAAGGAAAAAAAA